UAACUAGGUUUCUCGUGAAUUGGGCUCAAUAAUAAUUGGGCUGGGCCUUUUAUACUUAAUGAGUCUUCCCUCGCUUCUCUUCACCACCACCACAACCAAUUCACCCGGCGAUCGGAACAAUGAGCAGUAGGGCGGGGAAGCUCGUGACGUCAAGAUCGGAGCUUAACAUCGAAGAUUACCUGCCUUCGGGUUCCUCCAUCGAAGAACCUCGCGGCAAGCUCCGCCUGCUUGAUCUGAUCGACAUCUCGCCAACUCUCACUGAAGCUGCUGGUGCCAUCAUUGAUGACUCAUUCACGAGAUGUUUCAAGUCGAAUCCACCAGAGCCUUGGAACUGGAACAUUUACUUGUUUCCACUGUGGUGCUUUGGGGUUGUUGUUAGAUACUGCAUUCUCUUUCCCUUGAGGUGCUUGACUUUAGCUUUUGGGUGGUUUAUUUUCCUUUCAACAUUCAUCCCCGUACAUUCCCUGCUGAAAGGUCAAGACAAAUUGAGGAAAAAUAUAGAGAGGGUCUUGGUGGAAAUGAUUUGCAGCUUUUUUGUCGGUUCGUGGACAGGGGUUGUCAAAUAUCAUGGGCCACGCCCUAGCAUCCGUCCUAAGCAGGUCUACGUUGCCAACCAUACCUCAAUGAUUGAUUUCAUCGUCUUGGAGCAGAUGACCGCAUUUGCUGUUAUAAUGCAGAAGCAUCCUGGUUGGGUUGGGCUUCUGCAGAGCACAAUAUUAGAGAGUGUAGGAUGUAUCUGGUUCAAUCGUUCCGAGGCAAAGGAUCGUGAAAUCGUGGCGAGAAAGUUGAGGGAUCAUGUCCAAGGAGCUGACAACAAUCCUCUUCUCAUAUUUCCCGAAGGGACGUGUGUAAAUAAUAAUUAUACAGUGAUGUUUAAGAAGGGUGCUUUUGAAUUGGGCUGCACUGUUUGUCCCAUCGCAAUCAAAUACAACAAGAUUUUUGUUGACGCCUUCUGGAACAGCAGAAAACAAUCAUUCACUAUGCACUUGCUGCAACUCAUGACUUCAUGGGCUGUUGUGUGUGAAGUGUGGUACUUGGAACCUCAAACUAUAAGGCCUGGUGAAACAGCAAUUGAGUUUGCAGAGAGGGUCAGAGACAUGAUAUCUCUGCGCGCAGGCCUCAAAAAGGUCCCUUGGGAUGGAUACUUGAAGUAUUCAAGACCAAGCUCCAAGCACAGUGAACGCAAGCAACAGAGUUUCGCGGAGUCCCUCCUUGCUAGAUUGGAAGAGAAGUGAAUGUAAACGAUAAAGCACCUUCCAUUAGAUAAAAACAAACUCGUGUCUCAUUUGCUUUAGUUUCUCUAUGUUUUGUGAAUCCUUCAAUAGACAACUGACCUUUUGCAUCUUGUUCGUAUACUAGACCGCAAUUGUUCGCAUUUACGAGCUCUUCUGAGUUUGGAAAAGGCUAGGAGAACUGUAA